UUAGGUGGAAACAGCGAAGCCGGGGAUUCGCACACGGAUUUUUUUAUUGUCGUCAUUUAGGAUAUUUGAUCGAUGUGAUCGAUAUUUUUAGGUUUAUUUUUGAAAAACGGAACAAUCUUACAUCUGAGGAAGAUGCAGGAUGACGCGCGUUACCUCAAACGCAAAGUGACGGUGGGCGGUCUCGAUGUCCACCCCACAGAGGCGGCCCUGGUGGUCCACUACGAGGUGGAGGCAUCAAUACUGGCAGAGAGCGGAGGUCACAUGCUGGGCGACCGAAAGGAGGGACAAAAAAUUAUCCGUGUGAAAAGUCUUUCCCCCACCACAGAUGUGGGAGCUCUGGCCAAGAAAGUGGUGGAGGAGUGUAAGCUCAUCCCUCACUCCCGUCUGCCGGAGGUGGAGCAGCUCCUCUACUACCUGCAGAACAGGAAGUCAUCGCCGGUGGAGGGGAGACUGGAGAAGAAGGAGAAGAGAAGUGUGAAACCCAGGGAGUUGACUCCGUUUGAAGGGAUGGAGUUGAACGAGGAGGCCAACAUCACCAGGGUGGACGAGUACGUGGAGCUGCUCUACGAGGGAAUCCCGGAGAAGAUCAGAGGCUCUGCUCUCAUCCUGCAGCUCGCUCGUAACCCGGCGAACCUGGAGGAGCUGCUGCACAACGAGGCAGCUCUCGGUGCUCUGGCCAGAGUCCUGAGGGAGGACUGGAAACAGAGUGUGGAGCUCGCCACCAUCAUUAUUUACAUCUUCUUCUGCUUCUCUAGUUUCUCACAGUUCCACGCGGUGGUGAGUCAUUAUAAAAUAGGAGCGCUGUGUAUGAGCGUGCUGGAACAUGAGCUGAAGAGACACGACAUGUGGUGCGAGGAGCUGCGCAAGAAAAGCAAAGCUUGUGAGUCAGCACCAGAGAAUGGCACACUUAGACGAGACCAGGACAAAGCGUUGAGGAAAUACCAAGGCCUGCGGGCCAAACAGGAGCAGCUACUCAGAGUGUCUAUUUACCUGCUGUUGAACCUUGCUGAGGACACGAGGACGGAGCUGAAGAUGAGGAACAAGAACAUCGUUGCUCUGUUGGUCAAAGUCCUGGACCGGGACGAUGAGGAGCUGCUGGUCCUGGUGGUUUCAUUCCUGAAGAAGCUGUCCAUCUUCUUGGAGAACAAGAACGACAUGGCCGAGGUGGACACGGUGGAGCGACUGGCUCGCCUGGUCCCCUGCGACCAUGAGGAUCUGUUAAACGUGACACUGCGUCUGCUCUUCAACCUCUCCUUUGACUCUGGGCUCCGAGCCAAGAUGGUGGAAGUUGGACUGUUGCCUAAACUGACCGGCCUGCUGGGCGACGAGAACCACCGUCAGAUCGUCAUGCGCACCCUGUAUCACAUCAGCAUGGACGACCGCUUCAAGGGCAUGUUUGUUUACACUGACUGCAUACCUCAGCUCAUGCAAAUGCUGUUUGAGUGCGGCGAGGAGGAGACGGAAACUGAGCUCAUCACCAUCUGCAUUAACCUGGCGGCGAACAAAAAGAACGCACAACUUAUAUGUGAAGGAAAUGGACUGAGGAUGCUCAUGAAGAGAGCUCUGAAGACCAAGAACUGCCUGCUGAUGAAGAUGAUCCGAAACGUCUCACAACAUGACGGACAGACAAAACCGCUGUUCAUAGAUUAUGUCGGGGACCUGGCGGCAGAGAUCCGCGCCGAAGAAGAGGAGGAGUGGGUUCUGGAGUGUCUGGGAACACUGGCCAACCUCACCAUUCCUGACCUGGACUGGGAGCUGGUGUUGAAGGAGUACAACCUAGUUCCUUUCCUGAAAGACAGACUCAAACCAGGCUCAGCAGAGGACGACCUCAUCUUAGAGGUGGUGAUUAUGAUUGGUACGGUUUCCAUGGACGACGCCUGUGCCGCCAUGCUGGCCAAAUCUGGAAUCAUCCCUGCCCUUAUCGAACUACUGAAUGCUCAACAGGAAGACGACGAGUUUGUGUGUCAGAUCGUUUACGUCUUCUAUCAGAUGGUUUUUCACCAAGCCACGCGUGACGUCAUCAUCAAAGACACACAGGCUCCAGCCUACCUGACAGACCUGAUGCACGACAAGAACGCCGAGAUCAGAAAAGUGUGCGACAACACCCUCGAUAUCAUCGCCGAGUACGACGAGGAGUGGGGAAGGAAGAUCCAGUCCGAGAAGUUCCGUUUCCAUAACAACCAGUGGCUGGAGAUGGUGGAGAGCCGUCAGGCCGACGAGUCCGAGACGUAUCUCUACGAUAACGACAACGACAGGACCGAUCUGUUCUACAGUGCAGAUGGAAUAACUCCAGGAGACGGCUCCAUCAGCCCAGACUUCUUCAGUGACCUGCACGGUCAGAAUGGAGACUCGUACCACACAGAAGAUGAUAAAGAUGUUUUCGACAUGACCAGCUCAUCACCGGGACGACCCGCCACUGCCUAUGGCUUUAGACCCGACGAACAGCCCCUCUAUCAGUACACAUAGACACGAAUAUCAUCGUCUCCCCCCUUAUCUUAGACUCCUCCUUCCCUCAAUCCACAAGCUGCAUGUCUGACAUUUCACUUGGAGAAUCCCAGUGUUCUCCUGACUGAAUGUGAAAUCACUGGUUAAAUCCACACAAAAAGAAACUACUGUAAGUUUUAGUUUUAUAUCAUUUCUGCUGUGUUUACAUCUGGCAUUGGUCCCAAGGUUUGAAAACUUGCUUUCUCUUUGCCAGAAAAGUGUUUCUUUUGCAACAACAGUGCAAUGGUCAAGUCAGGAUUAUCCUGAAUGUGGUUUUUGAUUUUUUUGCAAUAAAAAUGCUUUUAACUCUCAAAAUCCACUCUAGAAACACACUAAUAUCACUUUAUGUUACACACAUGUUUUGUUUUGUUUUUGCGUCAUAGAAAGUACAAACAAAAACAUUUUUUGUGAUUAUUUUAACGGUGAAAAACAAGAAUCAUGUAAAUUAAAUAAAUUGCGAGGUCCAGGAAAGUUGCAAGCGGAUGGAUGUUGGACGUUGGCAAGUGCAUUUUUGAAUUAUCCCAAUGAUGGAAAUCAACUUAUUACUUUUCCACUUGUACUGGGCCUUUUUAUUUGUGCAGUUUGUUAUGUUGAUGUCAUACUUUCAGUUGGACGUAGAAAACAUUAAGUCAUGUAAAAAAAUAAAAGAAAAAAGCGUAUUGUGUUAAAUUAAUAUUUAUGUUUUUAUACAUUUAUUUGUAAUUUCACAUCUUCUAUCAUCAAUAAACUUGUGGACAAUG